AAGAAAACCCUCGUCGAGAACAACUACAUAUCUCAGUUACCGCUGCUCUCUGGUUGACACCGGAGCCCGCACGGGAGAUAAGGAACCGUCCUGCCUGGCUGAUGUUCACACACUGAUCUCUGAGCUAAGCGCCUGGGUCUUUCACCCUACUCGCAUCCAAGAACGAUUUGGCGUCCUCUGAUCAUGCUGGAGAACGGCGGCAAGGUGCUGAAAGAGGGGCUGCUGGAGAAGAGAAGUGACGGCUUGCUGCAGCUGUGGAAAAAGAAACGCUGCGUGCUGACAGAGGACGGACUGCUGCUACACCCGCCGAAACAGCAUGACCACCCGCACUACCACCAUAAUCAUGACCAUCCGCACCACCAUUAUUUCGGCAAAGUCAAAGAGCUGCACUUUGCCAACAUGAAGACGGUGGACUGUGUGGAAAGAAAGGGGAAAUACGUCUACUUCACGGUAGUCAUGACUGAGGGCAAGGAGAUAGAUUUCAGGUGUCCGCAGGACGAGGGCUGGAACGCAGAAAUCACUCUGCAGAUGGUGCAGUACAAAAACCGUCAGGCGAUCUUGGCGGUGAAGUCUACGCGACAGAAACAGCAGCUACUCGUGGCUCAGAUACCAGGAGGUCAGAAGAUGAUCAGGAACUCGCCAAAUGUUGCCUGAACCCCGCAAUCGACAUUGACAUUUGUGGUUACUCGGACGUUGCGCGCGGGGUGAAUGGAGUGGUCCGGCCACCGGGUUCGAGACAUCCGAGCACCAGCCAAGGAGCUCCGUGCUGAGGAAAGACAAGAUGCUUCCUCAGUUCGUAGCUCCCUCUCACCUCAACCUCUUUGACUCUGACUCGGCUUCUUCUGUACGGGACUGUUCAGUGGAAGAAGAAAAGCAGAGAGAGAGAGGGAAAAAUGGAGGACAGAUGGUGAUGUGUUUGUUAUGAACGACAUCGACUGACUCAAACGAUGUUGCCUGCAGUAUGGUUGUCUUAUUUAUUCUUAAGUGUAUAUAUUUUUUAUAUCUGACCAUAUAAAUUUAACCUUUUGUGAACGAUGAUCAGUUGUGCAUCUGAGAGUCCUGUUAAAAAUCUCAAGAAAAUUCCAGAAUAGUGACUGUUUCCAUACCAUUUCCCUGGAAGUAGGCCGAUAGACUUUAUUCAGACAAAGCAUGUAAUGGCUCAAACAUCCUCUCAGCUGAUUUUCUCAUCUUUUAAUUAAACCAAAGAUUCACAUUCUUUUAUUUUACAAUAAUGAAGACAACUAAUCUUUAAAGACAAGCAGUUAAGUGAUAUGAAAUAAUCCAAUCAAUUGUGUCAAAUCAAGAUGUCUCCUUAUAAACAUGCCAUUAUUGCAAAUGAAACAUGUUAUUUGAACAAUAAUGUCUGCUCCGAGAGCACCAUGAAGAAGCUUGCUAAGGAACAUGAUCAGACAUAUGAGUUCAUCUUUGCUGAUGUCCUGAAAAGGCUAGUUUUACCCCAGAAGAUUUUGGGGUUCUGUCGGACUGUCAGUGGCUGCACCUCCACUGUAACCCCAUGCUCUUGAGAUACAGUGGACAUCUGCCUCACUGCUGAUGAUUUAUGACCUCCCUUUGGACUCACUGUUUGAUUGUUUGUUUGUUUUGUGCUUAUUUUGAUCUGAGAGUUAUUUUCAUACUACUUAAAAUAUACAUUCCAUUUCCAAUGA